UCGGAUUGCUCCAGAUCGUUCAGGUCGAUCCGGCGUCGACCUUGAAGGAGACGAUAAAGGUUGCGGUCUCCGGGAAUUGCUCCAUUAUUAGCAGCUUGCCGUCGCGGUACUCGAAGAGGAAGAGCAACAGAGCAGUAUACCAAAUGAUGCACUAGAGCACGAUGACCUGGACCAUAAGGCUGCCGGACUCCGGGAUUUGGUAGCCGUACAUGGCGAUCAACAAAGGAAUCCCUAUGACCAGAGUUGCUAUGAGUGUCGAUGAUAUUGUCACUUCUGGAGCCAAGCCAUUAUUUUUCCUUGAUUACUUUGCUACAAGCCGCCUUGAUGUUGAUCUUGCUGAAAAGGAGUUCUGUAGAUUCAUGAAAGAACAUGGAUGGUUGGAUGGAAAGGUUGACGCUUUGAAGUAUCUUGUUUCACACUUCCCACUUUACUGGUAGUAGGGUUAAUAUUAGAUGUCAUGUGGUAACUUAUUGUUUGGAGC